AUGUUCUGGAUUGCCAAAACUCUCAUCGCUUUUUUGAUUUUACUUAAAACUGACUGUUAUAAAAUAGCGAUUCCUGCAAAUUUAAUCGAUGAGGUGAAUCCCGUCUUGGAGUUUGUUGACUUUAGAGUUCAAGUGAUUCCGUAUGAAACAAAACCAUUGUGGAGGAUCAAGCAAGAAAGUUUUAAAAUUGUUGGUAUUUCAAUAGAAAAUGGAUUAUUUUCAGUAUGUAAUUGUCUAAUUCUCGGAGCAUCAGCUAUUAUACUUCCCGAACAGUAUGAUGGACACCUGGCAGCUGCAGCGAUUGUUCAGAGUAUCGCUGAUAAUACAAAUGUACCAUGUGUGAGUCUUCACCUGUCACCCCCUACUCGUCCAUCAACUCAUCUUCAUCCACAUUUAAAUGCAAAAUCCCUGGCGGUUGCUGCAUUUAUAAAACGAGAGAAAUGGAAAGAUGUUGUAGUUGUGUUCGAAGAACCAGAUGAACUUUUGGAAAUUACUGAUAUGAUAACAGCUGGACAUUUUGAUCCCGACUCAUUUUCAUCUCAAUUGGUUCGACUAAAGCAUGGUGAUGAUUAUGGCAAUGAGUUGAAGCAUAUCAAAAAUAAAUUAGAUCGUUAUCGAAUUGUUAUAAAUAUCCCUCUUCAAAAAGCUCUUCACUUUUUGGAGCAAGCAGCCAAUAUGUCAAUGUGUGGGGUACUGUAUCAUUAUGUUGUCAUGGAUAUGGAUUUGGUGACUGUGGACAUUGAUAGUAUUCGUGGAAUUGAGGAUUGUAAUAUUACCUCAUUUGGUGUGCAUGAUGUCAAUUCAGAAUAUAUUGAAGAUAUUAGACAAGAAAUUGUUCACAAAUCUUCAAUUAGACUACCAAAGAAAGGUGUUCCUUAUACAACUUCAAUUUGGAUUGACACGCUCCGACUCUUAAUAAGAUCUAUGAAAUCAAUUCAAAUUUGGGAUGAGCCUCGAUGUGGAUCUAGUUGGAAAUCUGGAAGCGACAUUAAGAAACGAUUCUUCGAAAAUCCCCUUGCUGGAAUUUCAGGAGAUUUGCACUGGGCACCGUCUGGAGAAAGAUCUAAUUAUACAUUGCAUGUUUAUAGAAGAACACUUUCAUUUCAAAAAUUCGCUGAAUGGAGUAGUCGUACAAGACGAAUCGCUUCUUCUGAAGCAGUUGUGAUAGCGAAUUCAAGUGAAAAAUUGACAUUAGAGGGGAAACAUUUGAAAAUAUCAGUUUAUCUUGAAGCGCCAUUUGUUAUGAUUACUUCAAAUGGAUCCUAUGAAGGCUAUUGUAUUGAUUUGCUUCACAAAAUUGCAAAUAUUUUGAAAUUCACUUACACUAUUCAAAAAGUUCGAGAUAAUGCGUAUGGAUCAAAGGAAUCAAAUGGAAAAUGGAGUGGAAUGGUUGGAGAAUUACAGAGAGGGGAUGCAGAUUUGGCAGUAGCAUCGUUGACAAUUAGCUAUGGAAGAAGUGAAGUUAUUGAUUUUACAGUUCCAUAUAUGCAUUUAGGAAUUUCAAUUUUGUUUAAGAAACCAAGAAUCAGGGAUUCUGAUUGGUUCAAGUUUAUGGAUCCAUUGAGUACUCAGGUGUGGAUUAUGACAUUCGCCAGUUAUUUUGUAGUUUCAGUUGCCAUCUGGAUUAUUGCAAAGAUAAGUCCCUAUGAACAGUUUGAGAGAGACGAAGACAAUGGCCAAUACAAGCCAGUUGACAAUCAGUUUUCCCUUCGAAAUUCAUUUUGGUUUACGGUUUGCUCUUUGAUGCAGCAGGGAAGUGAACUUUGUCCUCGAGCAGCUUCGACUCGAUUACUCACCGGAAUCUGGUGGUUUUUUGCACUUAUUCUCAUUUCGUCAUACACAGCUAAUUUGGCAGCAGUUCUUACAACAAGAAGAAUGGAAACACCUAUUGAAAAUGCAGAUGAUUUGGCUGCACAGACAAAAAUUAAAUAUGGAACAUUGGGAAGAGGAUCAACUAUGUCAUUUUUUAAUGAAUCUAAAAUUGAAACUUAUGAGCGAAUGUGGCAAUUGAUGUCAAGCUCACCUGGGCUUUUUGUGCAGUCGUCGAAAGAAGGAAUAGCAAGAGUAAAGAGCUCGGAUUACGCGUACCUUAUGGAAUCAUCUAUGCUAGAAUAUGCAGUGGAAAGAGAUUGUGAAUUAAUGCAAAUUGGUGGACUUAUUGAUCAAAAGGGAUAUGGAAUUGGAUUACCAAAAGGUUCCCCGUACCGUGAAUUGAUUUCAACUGCAAUUCUACGCCUUCAAGAGAAAACUGAACUGACUGAAUUGAAGGAAAAAUGGUGGAAGGAUAAAAGUGUGGUGUGUGAACAACCAAAACGAAAGGAUCAAGAUGAUGGUGAAUCAAUUGGAGGAAUUUUUAUUAUUCUUGUUGUUGGUCUUGUCUUGACUGCAGUUCUAGUUAUCUUUGAGCUAAUCACAACAAGAAAACCAUCUCCUGCUCAAUCACAAGUUAUUCGUCAUGUCAAUGUUAUUCCUUCAUUUAAAUUAGGAUUUUUCCGAUGGAAUGUGAAUUAA